AUGCGCGAAACACAGGAGAGAAAAUGGGGGACGAAAAGGCGGUUGGUGCGGAGAAGAAGGAGGAGGAGGAGGAGGGAAGGAAGGAAGGGGCGCGCGCGGGACGAAGGACAGCCUCCGCCGCCGCUGAGAAUCCCUCCGCCGCCCGCCGCCGCCGCCGCUGUUCGUGGUCGACGUACAGUACUGACGUUGGUGGGUGGCUUAGGCGGAGGGAUACGGAGGAGCGUGAAGGGAAAGAGUGCGCGGGGAGGGAGGGAGGGAGAGGAGGGGUGCUCUGAGGGGACUUCUUCUGGGCACCAGCUGGCCCCUCCCUCCCUCCCUCCCUCCUUUCUGCGGGUGAAGCUUCGUGGCAGCUGCUGCAGACAGAGCAAGGGUUUUCUCCUUUCACUGAAAACAGAACAGAGGAAGAAAAGAUCUUACAAUUUUAAGACGGAACUAGCAAUGGAAGUGAUAAUGGAUCUCCAUAUUCAUUUCAGAUUUACUGUUGUGUGUGCUGAUAUUUUUGUCUAAUGGCAUAAACUUUUCUGGAAUAG